GUCAGUUGACUGUUGAGUGUUGACAUUCUGUCUUGUUGCAAAAUACCUAACCUAUAAAUAUUGGGCGCAUGCCCCAUGUUGUUUUCACAAUAAACUAGGAGGUUUUUAUUUAUUAGUAACCGUGUAUCAUUUAUAAAAUUAUUGUUAAAAAUUAAUUGAUAGUACACUUUAUUCGUCAUGAAGUCAAAGUCAUUCGAACUGCCAAAAAACUCACCUGACGAGGUAAAACAUAAUAAAACAUUCGAUUUUAUUAAAUAUUAUAAACCUGCUGCUGAAAAUGACAUCGAAAAUAAUGUAUCAAAAGUUAAAAACCAGACACCAAAACGACAACACUCGCCAAAUAAAAACAAAAAGAAAAAUAAAAAAGAAAUAGAUGUUCCAGAAGUAAAUAUUGAUGGAUCUAAUUUAUUCUCAGCUGGUGAGAACAGCUUAGAGACGAAUCAAGCAACAUCCACACCUAACACCACAAGUAAAAAAGAUAAAACUUGUAAAAUGAAAUCAAUCAUGAAGAAUUCUAUGGCAGAGGAAAGUUUGAAUGUAUCGGACGUUCAAGCAGCGAGCACCAAGCCUAAAAAAAGGAAUAAAUCAGUAAGUUUCAUGCUUGAUGACAAUGAAGAGGUGAUUAUCAAAAAAUCAAAAUCGGAAGAAUCGAUGGCAGUCAAAAAAUCACACACCGACAAAAUUAAUAAGAAGUCCAAAAAAAAUAAAUCUUCUGAUCAUAAAAAACCAAAUGAUAAAGAAAACGAGUCUGAUGUUAGCAAUAUGAAUAUUGAUACAGAUCAGGUAGGAAGACCUUCCAAGAAACAAUUAAAAUCUAAAUCUAAGACUGAAAAGAUGGAACUCGAAAAUACACCUAAGGCUGAAAUUGUAGAGGACGAUCCUAGUGUUGACAGCCAAACAUUAAAUAAAUCUGAAAAGAAAUUACGGAAAAAGAAGAAAGUUAUAACGAGUGAGGUUCAUGACGAAACCAGCUCUGGAACCAUUGGAGAUACAAUUAAUGUAGAUACUGAAAACAAGAAUGAAGAUAAAAUAGUGAAAUUAAAGAAGAAAAAACAUCCAUCUAAAUCAUCACAGAUGACAGAGACUGAUGGGGAACCUGUAACAAAGUCAAGAAAAAAAGAUUUGAAACCAGAAAUCAUUGCCGAGGUAUUGGAAAACCUGAAUAUCGGUGACAACCCACAUUCACUAACCAGUCUCAUUGACGAAAUGACGGUUGCUGAUAAAAAGAAGAAAAAAAACAAAUCCAUGAUUAAAACAGACAAAAGUAAGAAAGUGUUCAGUCAGAAACGAUUUGAUGCCCCCAAGCAAGAGGCAAGUACCGAGCAGGUUGAAGAGAAGGAAAAGGUGAAAUGGGUAAAACGUAAAUUCAAUAAAGACAAGAAAGGUACUAUAAGUGUCAAUCAUUCGAGGUCAGUGUCAGUUGACAAUCUACCAAUUAAAAUAGUAUGUAGCUAUAGAAAACUACUCACGGAGCAUUUCACCAAGUUUGGGACAGUUCAGCAUGUUGGAACUGCAGAAUUAUAUCCAGCUGAAGAUCCUAAACCCGUUUUCACUACAACAAUAGUGUUUAAUAGUCAAAAUGCUGCAGAAAAGUCGUUAGAAGAAGACAACACCUUAUUCAACGGCAGCCGAAUUCGUGUAAAGAAGUCGUUGCCUCCGACGCAGACCACUUUAGUUGUGCGCUCCUAUGCAGAACUAUCCAUGCAGGCUUUAAGUUCUCUGUUUGCUGGCGCGGGACGGAUACGAAAUAUACAGAAUGUACUUAAAGGAAAGAAUUCCUGUUCGACGGCAUUUGUAGAAUUCGAUGGACCCGAUACAUUGAAUCGAGCUCUCAAAAUGGCAGAAAACGCUAAAAUUGGCGCCAAAAAAAUACAUGUUUCCAAAUAUGAAGUCCGUAAAACAAAUCAAGAUAAGGAGCCCAUUUCAAACAGUGCGAGUUAAAUAGGAAUAUAAUGUAAAUAAUAUUUCUAGAUGUUACCGUAAAAUGUUAAUUUUAACUUGUAAUAAAAACUUCAUGCAUUGAAUGCAUUUUUCUAAA